GGGCACUGUUGCUUUAAGAGCUCCUGUGCCAAUGUGCUUCCUACUGUAGGAAGCUGGGAUUGGGAAGGUGCCACCACUGCUCAGGGGAGAGGCACUUGGAUGGAUCCUUGCGCCUGCUUGGGCGAGAGAGGGGCAGACUAGAGUUGUCUCUCGGAGAUCGGGCUGGGGAAGAAGAGCUGGGGCGGGCGGGGGGGAGAGAAAGCCGGGACCCCGCUCUCUCUCUCUCUGUGGCCCGGAGAAACGGCAGCAUGACUUUCUUUCAGGGGGGCCGGGCUCCUUCUCGGGGCAGGGCAGCAGCAGAUCUGUCCAAGCCCAACCAAGCGGCCCCCUAAAAAGAAGCGAAGCGAAGCCAAGGAGGGCGUGGGGCAGCGCUCCCUCCCCGCGAUGUGAAUGCAAAGUUGCGAGGAGAACCAGAAGCGCCGCGGCGCGCAGCGAGCGAGCGACUGCCCGCCUGGGGUGGUCCCGCGAUCAGGGCCACCUGUUACUCCUCCGAGCGCAGCAGAGCGAGCCUCGCCGCGACUCUGCCAGGAAGCAAGCGGAGUUGGGGUUGCCCAGGCGGCGGAGGAGGAGGAGGCGGCGCAGCUCGCUCAGAUCUCCGGUAAAAUGGAGAGCGAGGGACUGUCCAGCACGGAGCAGAAGCUGAUUCGCGAGAGCUGGCAGGGAGUGAGCGCCAGCCCGCUGGAGCACGGCAUCGUCCUGUUUACUAGGCUUUUUGAUUUGGACCCUGGUCUCUUGCCACUCUUCCAGUACAACUGCAGAACAUUCUCUACCCCUCAGGAGUGCCUCUCAUCACCCGAGUUCCUGGAACACAUUAAGAAGGUAAUGCUGGUAAUAGAUGCAGCUGUGACCCAUCUGGAGGACUUACACUGUCUGGAAGAAUACCUGGCCAACCUGGGCAAGAAACACCAGGCUGUUGGCGUGAAGGUGGAAUCUUUUUCGGCUGUGGGAGAAUCCUUGCUGUAUAUGCUGGAAAAAUGUCACGGUCCUGCCUUCAGCAUGAAUGUGCGUGAGGCCUGGACCAAGCUGUAUGGUGCUGUGGUGAAAGCCAUGAGCUGUGGCUGGGAUGUUCCCAGAAAGGUGGAAUAGAGUUGGACCAGGAUGCUUUGGCUCUAGCUGUCCUUAAUUGGGAACAGCUCUAAAGAAAGAGGGCAAACUCACCUUUCCAGCUCCGUGUAUUUCAGAGUAAUCUCUUGAUUGCACUCUCUCCCUGUCUCUCCUUUACUUUCACAUUCCCCAUCUCUCUUGUGAUGAUGUGAUGAUGCUCCCAGAUUUCAAUGUCGCAGUUCCACAUGUCUGUCUGCAGAGGGCAGAGGAGAGUCAGGCUGGAACUGUAACUGGCGAAGAUGUCGACUGGCGGAGAUGUCUACUGCAGCAGCUUCCCUUCCAAAAAGCCUGGUCUGGCUCUUUAUUCCCCACCUCCAAUCGAAAGAGAGUAUUUAUAAAGAUAUGUCAGCACAGAAAGAUUAUUGUACCAGCCAUUCCCUUAGGAUACAGAGCCUGAGAUUGUUUUCAGUGAAGUUAAUCAACAGUGUGGGUAUUUCCUUGGGAUUAUCCAAGCAGAGUAGCUUAUCAGAAAGUGGGUUAAUUCUAUUGUAAGGCUCCUCUUAGUGCAUCUGAGCUGCUGGUAACUGGCUGGAGUGCUUGGCCGCAAGUCAGGCCCUCAGAGUCAGUGCAGCAGCUGUUCCUUUUGCGUGAAAAUAAAAUCUUGUAUUGGAAUUAGUAACAGAUGCAAUUUUGUCCUGAGAAAAGCUUUCAAAAUCUAUCCCGGCUUCUGGCUAGGGAGAAGGUCUCUGGCAUAAAAUCGGUUUCCAGACAAUUGGAGGGAUGUAUAUAUGUUGCCAUUCUUCCUUUUCCUUUGAAGGCAUUUUUGUACAAUCUUCAGGUGCUGUCCAGAUAGAAUCCUCUUAGCUUUUUGUCUGAGUUUUAAAGUAACUUUCUAGCCCUCGUUGUUGUAGGGACCAUCUUGAAAAUAGGAAACUUAUUCAGUGCUUUAAUUUGGGUGUCAUGAAUAUACAUUUAACGUAAUAUCUCCCUUUUGGCUGCUUUCACUCCAGGGCAGAUAACCCAUAAGAAAAAUCUGGGCAGGCUUAGGGUAGGAUCUAGUUCUGUGCGUGUGCUUUAGCUUGUCAGGGACAACCAUCCACAGUGACUGAAUGACAGGGUUUUUGUGGUCCCUCGCCCAACCCGCUAGCACCAAAGUCCCACAGCUACCACAGUUAGAGCUAGUGACAAACUAUUUCCUGGGCCACUCACAAGAGAGCUGUGAUUUGCAUAUCAUUAAGACUGAUUGUCAGGCUUACCAGAUGGCAUCUGUUAAUUGAUAUUGUCUGUGCGAAUCUACAUAGUUUUGGGACUCGGUAUGAGUGAUGCUCAGCCAGUGGAAGCAAUUGCCAACCCCAUAGUAUGUAUUUCCUUCAUGUGUGAGGACGAUGUGCUUUUGUGUGUGAAAACAGAGGUCUUUCCAUGGGUUGAUUUAGUGUGGCAUUAAAGUAUUUUUUGUGGGAAA